AUGGGUCCACGCCCUGUAGUCCCAAAUAGGUUAGCGCAAAGGAUACCACAAGGCCCAAGUGAUGCGACAUCUGAAAGCCUCUUGGUUGAAACCGAAUCAGUAGUACAGACAAUACUAUUGACGCAGGCCGUCACUAGUAUUCCACAUAUUGUUUCAUGGCGUGAAGCGUACAAGGCCUUUGGCGCGAAGACUAAGAAAGAUCGAUGCAGUCUUGAAUCAUUGAUGCGACGUUGCACGACUGGUCUCCCACGCAUCAACAGAUUGACGGAUAUCUACAAUGCUAUAUCGAUUAAGUAUCAGAUUCCUUGUGGUGGAGAAGAUCUGGACGCGUACAGCGGUCCACCCCAGCUCAAGCGCAUGUCAGGAUAUGAACAUUUCGAGACAGUUGUAGGAGGCGAAAAAGUGACAGAAUUGCCGCCUGAUGGAGAGGUUGCGUGGUGCGAUGAUGCAGGAAUCACAUGUCGGCGCUGGAACUGGCGACAGUGCUCGCGAACUCGUAUCACUGACAGAACAACGAGGGUCCUGUUUAUCCUGGAUGCGUUGGAACCUUGCUCGGAUGACAAUCUAGAAGCAGCUGCUGAUGAGCUUGUGGAGAUCAUUGGCAGCCUAUCCCCAGAUGUAAAGACAAUGCGAAGGAUGAUUCAGAAGGCGUAGGUCAGAUGUAUAAACAUGUUGUGAUUGUUCCUGAGGGAGGAUGUAUCUUCUUGGUAAAUAAACGUUAAUUGCGAGAUAUUCCUUUGUUAAAGCAUUAUCAGUCUCCGUGAUAGUCUUUCAAGCUCAGGAAACUGCAUUCGCGCACUGGGCAACAUGACGUUGACGCAGUCUGCCUAUUGUCAUGGGAUCGGGUAUUGCGAGUAUGUAUGCGACCCCCUCUCUGUGAACGUUCCUGCAUUCCCAGUCAUAAAAUCAGUGUCUUGCGUGUCUGAUGUGAGGUAACGAGUUUAUAGUACGGAAGGGUGGUGAGUUAUGGCAGUUGGGAAGAGAAUGGACUGGGGUAAUGUUAGCAUAUGCAGGCAACAGUAUUGAAUAGUCUUGAUUUUAGGGAGGUCGUUUCUGACGUUGAAAG